GCAAAAUGAAAAAUUAGAAAGUUUAUGCAAGAUCAACCAAAUCAAGCAUUAUAAUAUUUUAUUUUUGCCGAUGCUUCUUUAAGUGCGAUCUUGAUAAAUAAAAUUGGCAUUGACACAUUUAUUUAUCUUGUGCCAAAUCUACAUAUUCUUUCAAUUCGCCUCUAAGCAGCAACAACAAACAGAAGCUAAAUUCAAAUGAGCGCUGGUAUUCUGGGUACAAUAAAAAAAAAGCUGCCGUCGCGCAACACGGCGUUGUUCUGGGGUACGGUAUUCGGCACAAUCGGGUUCUACCAAUACAACAAGAGGCAGAGCAAAAAGUGCCUCGAGUACUACUGCAAACGGGCGGAGCAUGUGGCGAACCAGCCCGUCGGAUCGCUCGACACCAUGCGCAAAGUGCACGUGUACCUCACAGCGCCUAUGGGCGAGCUGGGCACGCGCAAGGCGCGGAUGCACUGGGAGGAGUAUAUUCUCCCAGUCUUUGUCGCCGGCGCGCUGGACUACGAGCUGACUUUGGUCAACGAGACGCAGACAGUCGAUGGGCUGGAGUCGGUGGUGCGUGGUGGCGUGCACAGCCUGGUUGCUGAGGAGGUCAAGGAGACGAGACGCAAGCAGCUGGAGCAGGAGGAGGACAAUGAGGAGCUGAGGCUAUGGCGGGAGGCCGUUGAGGAGCGGCGCAAGGAGAAUGAGCUGCGGGAGUAUAAAAACCAGCUCGGUCGCGAGCCCGGAGAGACAGUCAACGUUGGGCUCUGGAAGCCCGAGCCGUAUCCCGGCGUCAUGGACAUUGUGGUGGUUGGCCGCGAGGCGUGGGUGGAGGCCAUCAAUGGGAUCAAUGAGGGCGCCACGGGGUCGCUUAACCUGGCAAUGCCGCAGCUGGUCAAGCUGGACACGGAGGAGCGUGAGAACGCCCCGCGCGAAAUCACCACUGAGACGCAGGCACACGGCACUGAUGCCGAGAUUGAGGUCACCGAUACCGCGGGAGCCUUUGAUAUGACCGUCCCGGUGGAAACAGCACCAGCAGCAGAGCCUGCGCCGCAUGUCAUCAACUACGACCGCUUUGACCAUGGUGGUGCGCUGCCCGAGCUGCCGGCUGUAGCCUACAUCUCGCUCUUCAACCUCACGGGCUGGGGUAGCCUGCCGCACAAGAUCUGGAAUUUCUUCCAUGACCAACAGAACGUUGAAUUGUACUCCAGACAGGCGCUGCAGGUGGUCUUCGAGUCGACUAAGCGGCCGGCGCGCGACGUGCAGGAGAUUGUCGAUAUGGGCAAGGCCGAGGAGGAGCUGCCGUCGUGGGAGAACGAACAAAGCAUGGAGGUUGUUAUUGAUGCGCGCGUAGCCGAGGUGCUUGAAAUAUACGACACGCAGAAUGACAAUGCGCCGUUCAAAGAAGAGGGUGAGAAGGCCAACGAAGAUGCGUCCAGCUAAAUUACAAUCCAGCAGAACACUUUUUUUGGAAAAGGGGGAACGAGGGAAUUUGGGGGACGAUUCUCAAAUUUUUGAUAUAAUGAGUUACUCUUAUCGCAAUUACAUUUAUCUGUUAUAUUUUUCUGAUUCUACAGAGCAGCCGU